AGUUUUCACGCCGAUACGAGAGAAUGGAUUUCAGCUGGGUCGCAUCAUUUUCAACAUGUACACAUUGCCGGCAUUCUUCAUGGUGCUGCUUUCUAUAGCAUGUUGCUUUAUAAUCGAAAUGAGAGAUUUUUCAACUUGAUGACGUCCGUGGAUAGUAAAGUAAAUGAUUCAGAAGCCAGUGCCUUUGUGGUGAUUCCAAAGUUUGAUGUGAUGCCAGCUGCUAUUUGCAUUUACUUAUGGAUGGUUUCAUGCAUGGUCGCAACUAAUAUUGAAGUAAUCUCCACCUUUCGGUUUGAUGCUGAGCUGGUUUCUUAUAGAGAUUUCAAGUGUGCGAACAAGGAAAAAAUUGUACAGAUACUUUCCAAUUUUGACUGGAUGCGUUACUUCGAUAACUAUUUGGACAUUGACGAAGUCUAUGGCAGAUUCACUGCCGUUUUACUCGACAUCAUAAAUCGUUACAUACCCCUCCGACAGUACGUUAAGCAUUCUUCUGGUAGAUAUCCCACGCACAUCCGUAAUCUUUUCGAGCAGCGUGAGCGACUCUUUCAGCAACUCUUUCAGCCAUCACAAAAUGCCCUCUUCCUUGAUAUUUCCAAAAAGCUGGAUUUCCAUGUAAAACGCUUCCUAGCUUUUAGAAUGCGAAAACUGGCUAAGAACGAGAGUUUAAAAAUGCUAUAUCGAUACAUCAGGAAGGUCAACACAACUUACAAUAUGCACCAUAUCUUGGAAGAUUCCGAAGGGAAUAAAUAUUCAACUCAUUAUACGAAAGCUGAAGCAAUUGCUGAUUAUUUUGCUAGUGUGUACGGGAAGCCACAUGAUGGCAACAUAAGUCUACCUUCGGUUUCCGCCGAUGAAAAAAGAAAGCAAAUUUUGUUUGGUGUGACGGUAUUUCUGCUGUUUCAUGUAUUCAACUUCCCAUGGCCGUUCUACGAUGGGCCGCUAGACUAUAUCGCUGAAGUAGGUGGAUGGCUUGGUUCUGAAAGGAUUUUCGAAGGUGCACAACUCACGCUUAGCCUUUAUAUUAUUCUUCUGCCAAAAUUCUGGGGAAAAAAUACGAGUGAAGUCGGUGGAUGUCUUCUGUCGUAUAAAUGGUGUGAGACAAGCGUACGGGUUCCAUUUCCAAUAUAUGUGAUCUGCUUUGUUUUCUUCUUUGGAGCUUCGUUUCCUUUUACCGGCUCUCCAUCGGCUACGCUUUUUUCGCUAAUCCUUGGACCUCGAAAA